AUGAAUAUUUAUAUACUACUUGUUGUUCUAGCAGCUGUAAUUUUAAAAGGAAAUACUGAGAUUAUAAAUUUAGCAGGUGGACUGAAAUCGAAUUAUACAUUUCCCAAAAACUUUAUUUUCGGCGUAUCCACUGCCGCUGCGCAAAUAGAAGGCGCUUGGAACGAAGAUGGAAAGUCUGAAAGUAUAUGGGAUCACUUAAUACACACAAAUCCAAGUUUCGUUAAGGAUGGAUCUAACGCAGACGUGGCCGCUGACUCGUAUCAUCUUUACAAGAGAGAUGCUGAAAUGGUGCGCGAGUUGGGUGUCGACGUGUACAGAUUUUCAAUAUCAUGGCCUAGAGUGUUGCCUAUGGGGCUGGCCAAUUACGUAAACCCUUUGGGCAUUCAGUAUUAUAAAAAUCUAAUUGACGAGCUUCUAAAGUACAACAUUACGCCCAUGGUUACGAUAUACCACUGGGACUUGCCCCAGAAACUGCAAGAUAUCGGAGGUUGGACGAACGCACACAUAGUGGAUUAUUAUACAGAUUAUGCUAAAGUGUUGUUCGACAAUUUCGCUGAUAAAGUGAAGUAUUGGGUGACCUUCAACGAACCGAUGCAGACUUGUUUAGAAGGUUAUGGUGGCACUUACAGAGCGCCCGCAAUCAAUCGUCACGGAGUCGCUGAGUACCUUUGCACCCAUAAUCUUCUAAAGGCACACGCUAACGUCUAUCACCUAUUCGACGCGAACUACAGAUCAAUUUCUGGUGGUAAAAUUGGAAUGUCAUUAGAUUCUAAUUGGGCUGAACCUAAAACCGAAACAGCGAGGGACCGUGAAGCGGCCGAAUUAUAUUUGAGGACGCAUGUGGGUUGGUAUGCGCAUCCGGUUUAUUCAACGGAGGGCAAUUAUCCCCCUGAACUAAUCAAACUCGUAGACGAAAAGAGUCGAUUACAAAAUUACACCCGUUCCCGUCUACCGAAGUUCACGCCUGAGGAGGUGGCGUUUAUCCGGGGCACUGCCGACUUCUUCGGCUUGAACCACUACACGACGUACCUCUUAAGCAUGGCUGAUGGAGAAGUUGGGGCCAUACCAUCGCACGAAAACGACGUCGGCAUCGUCCGCGUUCAAGAUCCAAAGUGGCCUUCGAAGUCUGCAUCGUCGUGGCUGAAGGUGGUACCGUUUGGCUUCCGUCGCUUGCUCCAGUGGAUAACAAGGACUUACAACAACGUACCGAUCAUAGUGACGGAAAAUGGCUACGCGGACUUCAGCGGCGUUGACGACAUAGCCCGCGUAUCAUACUACAGUCACUAUCUGAACGCGCUGCUGCAUGCUAUUCACGAGGACCACAGCAACGUCCACGGUUACUUCGCGUGGAGUCUGAUGGAUAACUUCGAGUGGGACGACGGUUUUGCGUCCCGUUUCGGUCUUUACCUGGUCGACUUUAAGAGCGCGAACAAGACGAGGACGGCGAAGCGCUCGGCGGGGCUGUACGCCGGCGUGGUGACGUCACGCGGCCUGCCGGCAGACUACGACCCCGAAGACUUCACCGCCUUCUCGGGCACCGGCCUCCUAAUGCCGACCGUCCUGCCGCUGAUACCGCUCUACAGGCUAAUGGUC